AUGGCUGGCCAGCAGCAGCACAUUAUCGAUACAAUCUUCAGCAUGAAGAAGCGCAUACUGCGCCGAGAGGACUCCUCCGACUCGGACGAAGCCGAAACGCCCUUCAACAACCGCAUGUAUAGCCUCAAGCGAAAGGCAGGACUAGCGCAACCUGGAAAGCCCGAUUUCGACGCAGAGGCGCCGCCGUACAAGAAGAGGAUCGAACACGCUGGCUACCACAGAUACAUCCUGCAUAGAAACCCACCUCGAUUCGACCCGGAUGGCGACAUCGUGGAGUAUGGCGACGAAUAUGAGGAUGAGGAAGACUUAACCACAAUCGAGGAGAAUCCCUACGCAGACAUCCACCUUGAGCAUAUCCUCGCUCCACUGACUUCAGCCGCUGAACUUCACAACCACCCCUCCAUGUCGAUUCCCUAUACUUCGAAACACCUUACCCACCUGACCGAGGAAGCGGGAGCGAUUUCGCGCCGCGAGUUGGCAUCACAAUGGAAGGCCAAGAACUUUCUCUCGAAGCUCCAAGGGGACAACACGUGGGUUCCUUGCGGCUUGAUGGAGACUGGAACGGACAAGUACGUUCUUGGAGGCCUACAGACGAACGGCCCUGGAUCUGCGACAACCCCUGCCUCCAGGAACAACUCGCUGUCUGAGCUGCAGCACUCAUGGGGCAAUGGCACGACCGCAGAGGCCUCAAUGGAUCCGGCGGGCCUCCGGACUCCCCCUCCUACCUCAGCUCCACGACAAGUUCCAUUGUUGGACGUGCAGAUGGUGGAGAUCGAAAGCGCACAUGGAUCGCAUACCGACGUCAUCAUAGGCGACGGCCAAACAACAGGAACCGCCCCACAAGUCCACUCAGCCUCAUCGCUGCCGAACGGCGCAAACGGACACGUGCCAGAACCAAGCCAGCUGCCCAACGGCACCGACGCAGACACACCACAGCCAACCGUCAACGGCACCACCCCCCACAACUCCGACCACGACCUCGAAACCGAAGGCAACCUCCCCUCACCGCCAGCCGACGACGCCUCCUCCACCACCUCGCAGCCAGCCUCGCACCGCAUGACGACGCGCGCCCGCGCCCACGUCUCCAAGUCCCCGUCGCCGCCGCCCUCGCCGCCCGACACGCUGAACCCCAUCCACCCCAUGUACAAGUUCCCGCUGGACAUCAUCCCGGACCGCGACUACGGGCUGCCCGCCGCCGAAGCCGAGGACACGCGCAUGAUGCUGCUCGCCGUCGUGCAGAAGAUGGAGCAGAUCGCCCACCGCUCCACCGACCUGUUCAUGGGCAUGCUGCAGGCGGACCGCAUGCGGCACGACGUGUUCAAGUGGGCGAAGGCCGAGGCGCACGUCGGCGAGAUGAGCGAUGGCGAGGACUGGUAUGACCGCGAGGAGUGGGGGCUCGAGGAGGACCUGGUCAAGGGCCGGGACGAGGAGGAGGAGGAGGGCGCGGUGCAGGGGAAGAAGUCGACGAGGCAGCGGGGCGGGAGGCGCGCGGAUAAGGAGGAUCGGUGA